CUAUCGUAGGCCUUUUAAAUUUUUCAUAUGUAGUUAAUUGCUUAACGUCUUUGAGAUUCAGCCAAUAUUAUGGUACAAAAAACAUUGUAAACGUUUUCAAUGAAUUGAUUUGAAAUGAAAACCAUUGUAUUCGGAGUUGUUUUCGCCGUUUCUCUUGUUUUAUCACAAGCCCAUAAGGAGGAAUGUCCCUCCAGGGAAGAAGUGCGCAAGAUGGAUCUAAUAUCCCUGGCUACGGCGCAAAGUUGUUACUGGGAUACGGACUGUCAAAAGGAGGAGCGGUGCUGUAAAACACCGAAAGGGAAAAAAUGUCUCAGCACCAAGGAUGCAGACAAAGAAUACUCACUAAAAGAGAAAAAUGAUGACAAUGACGAUGAAUGUAAUGAUGAUGAUAAUGAUACAAAAAGGGACGGUAAAAAUCAUCAUUCUAAAUGUCACAAACAUGGGUUUAGAGGUGCAUUGAUUGUCACAGCUGCAGUACUAGGGGUGGUUUUGUCGAUUGUUGUUUCCAUAACCUUGGUGAAAAAGUUUUGUGUUCGGAGCAAAAUAGGGAAUUCACAAAUUGAUAUACGUGGAAAAGAUCCAUCUGGACGUUCAUCUAACUACAUCGUCAAACCAAAAAGCACAUGUGUAUAUGAUUCUACAGAAAUCGCCAGAAAAGAAGAAUGCUGGAGGGUAGAUACUCCACCGCCUCCUUACUUCAUCUCCCCUACCGCUCCUCCUGCUUAUUCAGUAGAUCCGCCACCCAGCUAUUCACAUCAAGCAAAAAUGAGUGGACAUAUGGAUAAAUAUUAAUAUUUUUAUGAAAUUUGGGACGAUUUCAUUACUGUUACUUGUUUCUUAUAAAUAUAACACAUUGUUAUUGUUUAAUAAACUUUAUCAUAUCAAUAA